CAGUCCUUCCCGCUUCCCCCUAUCUCCUCUCUCUCUUACUAACUCCGAUUCCCCUUUGGACACUCGUUGACACAGGGAGAGAGGGAGAGAGAUGGCAAUCUUCUUCUACAUCUGUUGCGGUUUAGCUUCCCUUCUCUUGUUGUUUCUGUGUCUUUGUGUUUUGAGAAUCUUCACAGGGAAAUCUCUAGGCAGCAAGGCGUACCCACCUGUGAAAGGAACUAUUUUCCAUUUUCUUAGAUGCUUGGAUAGUUUCUAAGAUUACCAAGCAGAAAUUGCUACCCAUGACAAGACAUUCAGGUACCUUGCCUUCUCCCAGAGCGAAAUCUACACUGCAGACCCGCAGAACAUCGAGUAUAUCCUGAAGACGAACUUUGCUAACUAUGACAAGGGAGAGUAUCAUCAGGAGAUAACGAAGGAUCUUCUUGGAGAUGGUAUUUUUGCAGUGGAUGGUCAGAAAUGGCGUCACCAAAGAAAAGUAGCAAGCUACGAGUUCUCCACCAAGGUGCUGAGAGAUUUCAGCAGCGUCAUUUUUUGGAGGAACGCUGCUGUUCUUGCACUGAAGAUUUCAGAUAAUGCAGAGGCCGAUCGGCCCAUGGAUAUGCAUUGUUGUUUGGUGUGGGAGUUAGAAAGACUUCCUUCAAUCUUGGUAUCAGAGCGCCAGGUUGCGUGGGCAUCUCAAGUAUCUUGGAGCAUUGCAGAAGCAAGGAACUCCAAAUCGCGUGUUAUUGGUAAGAGUUAUUUUUUGAAAGCUGGUAUGGCUAAUUCAAAUACUCUCAAUUUAUCCCAAUCCUUAGUGCCUAUUUUUAAUGGUGAGAACUAUGAGUUUUGGAAUAUCAAAAUGAAGACUUACUUCAUUUCACAAGAUCUUUGGGAGUUAGUUGAAAAUGGUUAUGCAGAAACUGAAGUAUCAAAGGCAGCAGGAAAGUCAAUAGAGAAAAUUGAUGUUAAGGAAUUUCGGAAGAAAGAUGCAAAGGCACUCUCAGUAUUGCAGCAGGCUGUAUCAGAGACUGUCUUCCCAACUAUUGCUGGUGCAGAGAAGUCAAGUGAAGCGUGGCUAUUCCUCAAACAAAAAUUUCAUGGAGAUAAGAAGAUUACUACAGUUAAGCUCCAAAUCUUAAGGAGAGAGUUUGAAACAUUUUGCAUGAAAACUGGUGAGUCCGUUCAAAAUUAUUUUUCUAGACUCUCUACUAUUGUAAAUCAAAUGAAGAGUUUCGGUGAAGCCAUAACCGAGCAAAAGGUGGUUGAAAAGGUGUUAAGAAGUCUUCCUUCUAAAUUUGAUCAUGUUGUCACUGCAAUAGAAGAAUCCAAAGAUUUGUCUAUUUAUUCUAUUGAUGAACUAAUGGGGUCUCUUUUAGCACAUGAGCAACGUAUGAAUAGGUCAACAGAAAAAGGAAUAGAGCAAGUUUUCCAAACAAAGAUAGAGUUUUCAAAAGAGAAGAAUGGAAGCUAUGAUCAAAGAAAUGAAGGAAGGAGUCAAGGACGAGGAGGCUAUAGAGGAGUCACUCGUGGUUAUGGUAGAGGACGUGGAAGAUUCCAUGAAAAUUUUCAUAAAACCCAUGACACAACAGGGAAAGGUAAUCAAAAUCAGUACUUUAGAGGAAAACAAUGUAACUUUUGCAAGAAGUUUGGUCAUAUAGAAGCUAAAUGUUUUGAAAAGGCAAAACAACAAGCUAGUUUUGUAGAAGAAAAUGAGAAUUUAUUUCUUACAACUAUGGAUGCUAACAGUUGCAAGAGUGAAGUUUGGUUUGUAGAUAGCGGCUGCAGUAAUCAUAUGACUGGUAACAAGAGUUUUUUCAAAGACAUUGAUGAGACUAUACAAUUGGAUGUGUGGCUUGGAGACAAUAAUAGAAUAAGUGUGAAGGGCAAAGGAACUGCUAUCAUCAAAUCAGAAACAGGUAUGGAAAAAUUUAUUAAUGAUGUGUAUUACGUUCCCGGGUUGGCUCAAAAUUUGCUUAGUGUUGGGCAAUUGGUUCAAAAAGGGUACACACUUUUAUUUGAAAAUGAUGCUUGUGAAAUUAAAAAUAAAAGUGGUGUAGUUCUUGCGAAAGUAAAUAUGGUUCGAAAUAAAAUGUUUCCUCUUGAGACAAAUGCUUUUAUGACAAAAAUUGAUGAUUCCAAGCUAUGGCACGUGAGAUAUGGACAUCUUCAUUUUAAUGGAUUGAAGCUCUUACAUCAAAAAUGUAUGGUAUAUGGACUACCAUCUAUUGAUUGUCAUGAUGAUGUAUCUGAAUGGUGUAUUUAUGGUAAACAACAUAAAUUACCAUUUCAAGUUGAAAAAUCAUGAAGAGCU